AUGAUUGUAACUGUUGCAAACGACGAAGAACCUGACGAGGAUGACGCCACUGAUGUAGGUGGUGGUGGUGAUUCUGAUAAUCGAACUCUCCAGCAAGUGAUCCCAAUCAGGGACAGGCAAGGUAAGAAAGACCAAGAUACAACUGUUACAGGUCCUCAUCAAAAAGGGGUCCCACGACUAACCCCCUGUGAGAGUAUUUUAAGAAGAAUCACUCCGACCCUUGAUCCAAGUAGACACAAAGGACAAGCUGGGAAGGUGGCUGUUAUUGGUGGUUGCCGAGAGUAUACAGGUGCUCCAUAUUUCGCAGCUAUAUCGGCCUUGAAAAUUGGUGCAGACUUGUCCCAUGUUUUUUGCACAAAAGAUGCUGCUCCAAUUAUAAAGAGCUACAGCCCAGAGUUAAUUGUGCACCCAAUUUUGGAAGAAUCUUACAGCAUAAGGGAUGAGGAGAGAAGGUCUAUCUUGAGUAAGGUUCUUGCUGAGGUUGGUAAGUGGAUGGAAAGGUUUGAUUGUAUUGUUGUUGGUCCUGGUCUUGGGAGGGACCCAUUCCUUCUGGACUGUGUGAGUGAAAUCAUGAAACUAGCUAGGCGAUCAAAUGUACCAAUCGUCGUUGAUGGGGAUGGACUUUUUCUUGUCACUGUUAAUCUUGAUUUGGUUAGAGGUUAUCACUUGGCUGUCCUAACUCCAAAUGUGAAUGAGUAUAAGCGUCUUGUUCAGAAAGUUAUUGGUACUGAAGUAAACGACCAAGACGCUGCCGAGGAAUUAUUAUAUCUUGCAAGAGGGAUCGGUGGCACAACAGUACUGAGGAAGGGCAAAUCUGAUCUCAUCAGCGACGGAGUGACUGUAAAUGUGGUGAGCAUUUUCGGAUCUCCUCGACGGUGUGGUGGUCAGGGUGAUAUCCUAUCUGGAAGUGUUGCUGUUUUUUCAUCUUGGGCUCGACAAUGUAUAUCUGUUGCAGAAAGUGAUUCAAGUACCAGUCGAGUAAACCCCAUGGUGUUGGGGUGCAUUGCUGCUUCUGCACUACUGAGGAAAGCUGCAUCUAUGGCCUUUCAAGAUAAGAAGAGGGCAACACUUACCACUGAUAUCAUUGAAUACUUAGGGAGAAGUUUGGAGGAUAUAAGCCCCGCUAGCUGAAUUUCAGAGGCUCGAGUAGGAGUGCACUUGGGGAGAAACUCCAAAGUUUGGAGGAUAUAAGCCCUGGCUGCUGAAGUCGAUGGCUCUAGUAUAGGAGCAUGUUCGGGGGGAAUACCAAAAAUGUCUAGAACUCAUGUAAAAAGUAUACACUUCUCUACGGCUUUUUGUUUAGUAGUUUGGUCAGAGUGAAUUAGUAAGGUUAGAUCGUCACUUGGGUGAAUGAGAUGUUGUGAAGUUAGAGGGGAACUCAGGUUUCUCUACUGCGCUGUUGUAACAUGCACAUACUUAAAUUAUGUAUAGGGUGUGUGCUAAGUGAAUGGAGCUGUUUACAUUCUCUGAAGAAAAAAAAGAUAAAUAAAUUCGUAAACAAUCGAAAGGGGCCGAUGCCAACCACCUAUAA